AUGGGACAGCAAGGGGAUUUUUCGUGUUUGAAAGCAAAAAGACUGACAACGGAAAAACAGUUAUCAUUUAUGAAAAUACAAUAUGACCAAAAAGCGACAGCUUUGUUAGUAAAAAAUUCCAAGCAAAUAUCUGUACCAGAUUUAGAACCAGUUCUGCAAAAUGAUAAGGAGGGCCAUCUCAUGUACAAACCUAGUGAUACAAUUGGAGAUAGAUAUGAAAUUAUUAGUACGUUAGGUGAAGGAACCUUUAGUAAAGUGGUAAGUGUUAGGGAUUCACAGAAUCAAACGACAGUUGCAUUAAAGAUUCUUAAAAACCGAGACAAAUACAGAGAUGCAGCGAUGAAGGAAAUCAAAGUGUUAGAAAAAGUUUCUAAAUUUGAUCCACAUAACUUAUUCUUAUGUGUGCGAAUGGAUAAUUGGAUAAAUUAUUAUGGCCACAUCUGCAUUGCUUUUGAAAUAUUAGGUGUAAGUGUUUUUGAAUUUUUAAUGGAAAAUGAUUAUCAACCCUACGGGCUUGACCAGAUCCGGCAUAAGGCUCAUCAGCUUUGUGUUGCUGUGCGUUUCCUUCAUCAAAUAAAAUUGACUCACACCGACCUAAAACCGGAAAAUAUCUUAUUUGUUAAUUCAGAAUACGACAUUGUUGUUGAUGAAAAAUGCAAUUCAAAACCAUACAAGCGAGUAAGAAACACUGAGAUUAGGUUGAUUGAUUUUGGGUGCGCAACCUUCGAUUAUGAAUAUCACUUAUCACUGGUUUCAACCCAAUUCUAUCGUGCACCUGAAGUGAUAUUAGAAUUAGGUUGGUCGCAUCCAUGUGAUGUGUGGUCUAUCGGCUGUAUACUUUUUGAAUUGUACCAUGGCAUUGCCCUGUUCCAAACACUUGACAAUCGUGAGCACUUUGCUAUGAUGGAGCGAAUAUUGGGAAAACUGCCUUUAACGAUGACCAGGAAAUCAAUAACAGGCUAUUUCUUCAAAGGCGAGCUGGAAUGGGAUGAUUGUAGUUCUCAAGGGCGUUAUGUCCGAAUGAAUCAUAAACCCCUACAUGCAUAUUUGUAUUCUAACAAUGAAGAUGAACAUCUUCUGUUUGAACUAAUUAACGUCAUGCUGGAAUAUGAUCCUGCUAAACGUAUUACACUGGAUGAGUCCCUAAAACAUGAAUUCUUCUACAUGCUUCCUCAACGGCUGAAUGUCGAUAACACACAGGUGGAGUUUUCACAAGACAAAUUGUAUGAUGGUCUUUCCAGAUAA